UUUCACAAGGCAUCUUUUGCUCUUGCACUGUUAUGGGCUGAAAGUUACAGACUUAACUUUAUGAAGGUACAUAGGAAGCGAACUCGUGAAAAUGAUGUAGGGGACUUGGUAAGAAAGAAAGGUAAAUCAUUAGAUGCAAUAUCACCAGAUGGGCAGAUUGAUCAACUGAAGGCUAUUUGGAAUGCGGCGGUCUCUGAUCCAGUGGAGAUUUCCAGCGGAAUGCGCCCAUGCAAGGAUAAAUAUUGGGUUCCCAAUAGACACUACAGAGCCUUCAUCCAGACUAAUGACGUGAAUUCUUCAUGCUCUCCUACUUUUACUUUACCUUGUACAUUCGAGCGCUAUGAUUUAGUAGGAACAAGCGAUAUCAAUGAAUUAGUCCUUAAACACGAAGCCAUGAAGCCGCGUGAUCCAGAUAUGCGGGCAAGUCGGUUCAAAUGUAUCAUCUCGCCUGAGAAGCGACUCCCUGCGAUAUUCAAACUAAACACAUUUUGUUUUAACUUUGUCCGCUCUCUUGUGCACCCAUUGCAUAACUUUUUACAGUAUCACUACAAUCUGCAUAACGCCAAUGAACUUGAGGUUAUGCUUAUGCCAUGUAAAGGCCCUCUUGCUGAGGCGGACGCGCGCUAUCAUCGCCGUGUAGUUUCCAACAUGUCUUCAGAGCGCAAAAGUGGUUCUGCGAGACUAAAACUCAAGUCGGCUCCUUUACAAGAGGCAGCAUACACCAGUGAUGGAAAUCUUACAGGCAGACAUUGCUACGUUGCCACAAAUAAUGAAACACUUUCCGAAAACAAUUUUUUAGACGCAGUACGGAACUGGGGUGUUGCUAAAGUGUUUGACAUCAACGGCUUUACGCUUCUGCGAACUGGUGCUAUUGGCCGACAUGCCGAACAAAAGCUCCUAGAGUUCUUGGUUUCCGAAAUUUUACCGAACGCCGCACCAGAGUUUUUGGCCCCUGAAAGAAAAAAAACACUUCAACCUACAGAAAAGGCAUUAGUUAUAGGCGAACGACUCCCGUGUGCAGUGUGCAAACUGUUCGCCCGGCGGUACGAACCGUAUGCUGAAAUGCUACCAUCACACGGCCAUCUAUACUUAUCAACUGUAUCCACGACUCUUUUAUUCGAUAAUUCACUUGAGGAGCUUCUUCGCUUUCCAUCCGCAGCAGCGUCGCUUCUGAUGGAGAAUGGAUCCAGUCGAUGUCUCAUGCAUCAUCAUAUUAGUAAAGCGGAUCAAAAAACCCUAAGGAAAACAAAAUAG